AUGGUCCAAACUGCCGUACUUAACAGCCAGCUUGACCUUGAAAACCCGCUCCGUGCACUCGGCUACCGUGCGACCAACAGUCUGCCAAAUGUAGUCAUCGACGAUAAAGAGAACAUCCAAGACUUUGCGGGUGCCCAAACCAGCAAAACCUUGAAGGGCCAGAGUGCAGCGCCGUUAAUACACUUCUCUCACGAUUUGGGAACCUUUAUGAAGGAUGUGCGACGAGAAGAAUGGAGCAGCAAACGCGAUGGCUUCAAACGUAUCUUGCUGGAGAGCAGUUUUAUGGAUGCCAAAGUGUGGGCGAUAUAUGUACGAGAGCUGCUCAAGUUCGAGAUCGAGGCACUAUCAGUGCUUAUACUCGAUAACUUCGACGCACAUGUUUUAAAAGAAGGACUUGAUGUUGUUGUCGAGACAACGUCGGCCCUGGUUUGCCAGCUACCGCCCAACAGUACAGCGGCCUGCCAGCCACUAGACGUUGAGGUUUUCAACUUUGCUUUUUGCUAA